GUUGUUUGGUAAAAGCUUGGGGGAUGGAUCUCGCGAUUGUUGGAUUUUUUUUUUUUUCCGUAAGGGGGGAGUAAUUUGGAAGAUGGCGCCUGUUGUAACGGGGAAGUUUAGUGAGCAAUAUAAGCCUCAGCGUUUAACAAGGGAGGCUAUGCGGAACUACUUAAAAGAAAAACAUGAUCAAACUGUACUAAUACUGCAUGCUAAAGUUGCGCAAAAGUCAUACGGCAACGAAAAAAGGUUUUUCUGCCCGCCGCCAUGUGUAUAUCUUAUGGGGACCGGAUGGCAGCAAAAAACAGCGAAAAUGGAGAAGGAUGGUUGCACAGAGCAGGAGGCUCAGCCCUUUCCAUUCAUUGGGAUAGGGAACAGUGAUCAAGAGAUGCAACAGCUCUAUCUGGAGGGAAAGAACUUCUGCACAGCUAAGACUCUGUACAUCAGUGACUCAGACAAAAGGAAACACUUCAUGCUGUCAGUGAAGAUGUUAUACGGAAACAGCUCCAACAUCGGUGUUUUCCUCAGCAAGAGGAUCAAAGUCAUCUCCAAGCCCUCCAAGAAGAAACAGUCGCUGAAAAACGCAGAUUUGUGCAUAGCGUCUGGUACUAAGGUGGCCUUGUUCAACCGCCUGCGUUCCCAGACUGUAAGUACCAGGUAUCUUCAUGUGGAGGGGGGCAGCUUUCAUGCCAGCUCCCAGCAGUGGGGAGCCUUCUACAUCCAUCUCUUGGAUGAUGACGAGUCUGAGGGGGAGGAGUUUGCUGUGAGAGACGGCUACAUUCAUUAUGGCCAGACAGUGAAAUUGGUCUGUUCCGUCACUGGCAUGGCUCUACCCAGACUGGUCAUCCGCAAAGUGGACAAACAAGCUGCAUUACUGGAUGCAGAUGAUCCAGUGUCACAGCUUCACAAGUGUGCCUUCUACCUGAAAGAUACAGACGGCAUGUAUCUUUGCCUUUCACAGGAGAGGAUCAUCCAGUUCCAGUCAUCACCAUGCUCCAAAGACUCAGGCAGGGAGAGUAUUAACGAUGGAGCUUCAUGGACUAUCAUAAGCACUGACAAGGCAGAGUAUACCUUUUAUGAGGGCAUGGGGCCAGUCCCCGCACCGGUCACCCCUGUCCCAGUGGUGGACAGUCUGCAGUUAAACGGUGGUGGAGACGUAGCCAUGUUGGAGCUGACGGGACAAAAUUUCAACCCGAACCUCAGAGUGUGGUUUGGAGAUGUGGAGGCAGACACCAUGUACCGGUGUGGAGAGAUCAUCUUGUGUGUGGUGCCGGAUAUCUCUGCCUUCAGGGAGGACUGGCGCUGGGUGCUACAGCCGGUUCAAGUUCCCGUCACGCUGGUCCGCAAUGAUGGAAUAAUCUACGCCACGGGCCAGACUUUCACCUACACCCCUGAGCCCGGGCCUCGACCUCACUGCAAUGCCACUGGGGCCAUCUUGAGAUUACACAGCACCUCUUCAUCACCCGAAUCUUCGUAUUCACCUUCAUCCUCAUUGGGCGGCCAAGGGGAAAGCCGCAGGACAUACAGCAGUAGUGAUUCAGGCAUGUCUUUGCUGACAUAGUUCUUCCUGCUUUGUACGUGAAUGCUGUGUGGGUGGCAGAGCGAGCAACGAUUCCAAAGAGGCUCAUAGACCUGUGGGAAAACUGCGCAGAGGCUUUCAAAGCUUUCUUUGCUAAAGAAACUAUGAAAUUGUGAAGAAUGCCUGAGAGCUGAGAAAGCCUGGCUGAAAGAGACUGAGUCUGUGCUUUAGUACCCUCUAGUGGACAUCCAAGAUUAUUACCUAAAAUGUGCCUUCUAACUUUCAUAACAGGAUUCAUUUUUUACACGUGUUUUGGUUUGAAAGCUAACUUUCCUUUGCUUUCUCACCACUAAGGUUAUGUUUCUGGAACUACUUUUUUUUUUUCAUUUCUCAGCAAGAGAAGUAACAUAGUUUUAAUGGACCAAGAAUUAAUCUUAUUUUUGUCAAAAUUGUAUUUUUAUAAUUGUUGAGGUACAUUUUUACUUUGUUUUGUAUAACACUGCUUAAUGAUGUCUUUUCGUUUUGUUAGUUUGUUGUUGUUGUUUUGUUUCAGUGUAUUUAGUUAACAGGCUGACUCUUGCUUCAGCUGUUUCUGCUUUGUUUUUCCUGUCAUUAAUAAGCUUUUAUUAAUAUGCUGUGCGACAAUGAAAUUAGCCUUUUUUUUGUUGUUUUUAGGAGGCUCCUCGGAAACUAAAAGAAUCAGAUUUUUUGUUUUUUGUUUUCGAUUUUCAUUGUUAACCAUUUGUUUCUUAUGAAUGCAUAAUGUCUGUGAUGUCUGUCAUUUAAUACACAUUACUGUGUUUUUUUUUCUCAUCUGUGGCCAGUUUUUAUGCUUCAAAUAAUAAUUCCAAUGUUUAGAUAUCAGAUCCUAUUGGAAAGUUAUAAACAAUAGUUUGCUGUGCUGUGAACGGUCCAAAACAGGGUCAAGUGAAUUGUUGCCAAGUUUUACAGAGGUUCAUACAGAUGCUGUUUUAUAAAACUUUACACUGCUGUCAGUUUCUCAUUAUUUCAGCAGAAAUACUUUGAUAGUUCUGCAGGAAAUGCUACAAUUAGCUGCGGCUCUUGCAAAUAAUCACAGAAAUAGAUGCAUAAUGCAAAAUUGAGAGUGGUGUUAAUGUUUGUAAAAUUACUCAUGUCAAAGCUGAUGAUUGUGUCUUUUGAGGGACUGGAAAUAUUAACUUUAUAACACUCCAGCAAAAGAUCUCUGGUGACAUUUAGACCUGAGAGAAAAAUGACAGUUUAUUCAUUAUCAGGUCAAAUCAGUAUUUAUCCAGUUUCAUCACUUACUUUAGCCAGAAUUGUAAAAACCUUGGUUGUUACUUUUCAUUUUCCACAAAGUUGCAUCAACAUGUUUUUUUUUUUUUUUUGUCACAUUUCUCUUCAUUUGCAGCUCUUAUAAAUCUUUUUUGAACUAAAGCAGUUCCCCUUU